UUCAGUUUUAAUCUAAUCUGUAGUAUCCUGACUAUAUCUCUAAUACUUUGACAAUGAGAUAUCUGCUCCCUUCAUCAGUAGUUUGUUUUAUAUUUCUAUUUAAUUCAGUAUUAUCAGACGUAUUAUUCGAUUGUGAUUUUGAAACUGACAACUGUGGAUUCGUGGAUGAUAUCGCUGUUGAAGUUCAGUGGAAACGAUAUCAAGGACCAACUCCUUCGCGCGAAACAGGCCCAGAUACGGAUUAUACAAAUGGAACCAAACUUGGUUACUACUCAUAUGCAGAAGCGAGUAAUACGGGCAUUGGUGAAAAAGCAAGAAUAACUUCACCCUUGUUGAAAAAUUCUGGAGGGAAAUGUACAAGGCUUGCAUUUUAUUAUUAUACCUAUGGAGAGGAUCCUGGUUAUCUUUAUCUAUAUCUACUGGGCGAUAAACCGUACUAUUUCGAAAAUCCCGUCUGGGAAGACGAUCGUUCUUCUAAGAGGGAAUGGAGAUCUGUUCAGUUGGACCUCAGCAUCUCAGUUAAUUAUUCGAUCGCAUUCGAAACUGUAUUUGGUGGAGGCGGUUUGGUCGAUAAGAAAGGAGAUGUUGCAAUUGAUGGCAUAUCUGUUGACUCUAUUGAUUGUGAAUAUGACUCUUGCGAAAACCACGUAACAUGCUUAAAUGGUGGAACGUGUGUAGCCAAAAUGGGUACUUCAAAUUUUGAGUACAUAUGUGAAUGCGUGGAUGGAUGGAGUGGUGAUCACUGUGAGAACGACUUUGAUGAAUGUUCAAGCACACCAUGCAACAAUGGAGCAACUUGUAUUCAUGGAUUAAAUGAGAUACAUUGCGAAUGUGAUUUGGGAUUUUAUGGUGCUACUUGCGAGUUCAUUGAUAUGUGCAUUGACAAUCAAGUUAAACGUUGCUUGAACGGAGGAACAUGUAAUAAUGUUGGCGAUAAUUUCAACUGCACCUGCAGGCCUGGAUUUUCAGGGGCAACCUGCGAGAUUAACAUCGAUGAUUGUGCUUUGUCUCCAUGCCAGAACGGAGGAACAUGCAAUGACCUUGUUGAUUCUUACACUUGUGACUGCCUGUAUGAAUACAAGGGAUUUCAUUGCCAAAGUUUGGUUGGAGGUUGCGAUUUCGAUGACAACAGUUUAAGUAUAUGUGGAUAUAAAUUUGACUACUAUCAGGAUUUAGACUGGAAAUUGAAUCAGGGUCGAACUCCUAUCGGAUCAACCGGACCACCGGCAGACCAUACUACAGGACAAGGAUAUUACGUUUAUGCUGAAAUCGAAUUCCAAGCGAAUAAAAUUGCAAGGUUGCUUUCCCCAGAGUUGCCACAAUCCUCUGUAGCUGCAUGUACUAAUGUAACAUUUUGGUAUUACAUGGACGGCACUGAUAUUGGAACUCUCAACAUAUAUAUUAGCACUGGUUAUAAUUCUAUACAGACUAUGCCUUCCUGGACGUUGUCGGGAGGUCAGGGUAACGAAUGGCGUCAAGGCUAUUUUGAAGUCAGUUCUCCAGUACCCUACUCGCUUGUUUUUGACGCUGUGACGACUUUGGCUACACUUCCAGACUAUAUUGCUAUUGAUGAUGUUUCAGUUCACCCAGGAGCUUGUGUUUAUCGACAGUGUUCCAUACAACCUUGUAAAAAUGGAGGGACGUGUAUUGAGGACGGCGUUAGUUCAUAUAUAUGUGAGUGUCCCAGACCGUGGACCGGUGUGAAUUGUACAGAAGACCGAAAUGAAUGCAACGAAACUCCAUCUCCCUGCAUCAAUAGUGUUGCAUGUACUGAUCAUAACCCUGGAUACGAAUGUACUUGUUCGCCAGAAUAUGUGGGAUACAAUUGUGAAUAUAUUCGAGGAAGUUGUAACUUUGAAGACCCCUUUUCGCGGAAAUGCUCGUACACUGAUGACGACACCGGGGAUUUUGUCUGGAAGUCUUGGCAAGGUCCAACACCGACUGAUUUAACGGGUCCUUCAGUCGACCACACUCUGGGAACAGAAGAAGGAUAUUAUCUGUACACUGAAACAUCACCACAAGAAGGUGGCGAUAAAGCUCGAAUCGUGUCACCUGUCGUUCCAAACAGUGGGUCACAAUGCACAGGACUAGAUUUUUGGUAUCACAUGUUUGGGAACGAUGUCGGCGAACUUGCGAUGUAUGUCGAAUACGGCAAUGAACCACUCACCAUUCCAAUAUGGAAUAUUAUUGGCAAUCGGACAAAUUCUGUGAGGGAGUGGGUACGAGUAGAACUCAAUAUAAGCGCACCAAGCGACUUCAGAUUGGUAUUCGAAGUUACUGUAUUACCGCAAGGCAACCUCGAACCUGAAAACAGAGGAGAUAUCGCUAUUGAUGAUAUUGAAGUUCAUUUCGACAGAAAUUGCAACUACGACAAGUGUUUUGAAAAGCCGUGUAUGAACGGUGCAAUUUGUACUGCUAUUGGCGGAGACGACUAUCACUGUGAAUGUACUCCGGGAUACGAUGGCAAAAACUGUGACAAUACCCCAGUUUGUGUACCGAAUCCAUGUUAUAAUGGAGGAACAUGUGUCUUAGGCAGCAAUGGAAACCAGGAAUGCUUGUGCAAACACGGAUGGAUUGGAACAUACUGCGAUACAAAGGACUAUUGUUACCCUAAUCCAUGUGAACAUGGGGGAACGUGUACGACGUUUACGACCACUUAUGUUUGUCAAUGCCGGCCGGGAUAUCUGGGAGAUAAUUGUGAAACAGAUAUAGAUGAAUGUCAGAGCUCACCCUGCAUGAAUGGAGCUCAGUGUUUGGACCUCUCUAACGCUUAUCAGUGUGAAUGUGUGGGACAAUAUUUCGGCGAGCGCUGUAAUAAAAUCGAAGGUGGAUGCAAUUUUGAGGACGAUUUUUGUGGAUGGGCAUCUGAAUCGCUUUCAUACAAAUGGAUACGACAAGAUGGAAAUAGUCCGAAUUGGCCGCUCUCUGGCCCAAGAACGGAUCACACUUUUUCAAACGGUUCUGGGUUUUAUAUUUUCACUGAAGUAUACAGUGACCAGCCUGUCGAAGGCACCCAAUAUAGAUUUGAAUCUCCUACAUUUUUAAAGAGUGUUGUUGAACCAGGAAAAAUUUUAACAUUCCAAUUUUAUUAUCAUAUGGUUGGAACCGGGAUGGGAAAUCUCAAUGUUUAUUUUAAAGAUGGCGGUGCUACUCAACUGAUUGAUCAAAUUACACAAGAUGAAACCGCUGCGGAUUGGCGACUUUAUUCAAGAAAAUUCGAGCCAGUAUUUGACUUUGGAUUCAUCAUUGAGCACCAAACAGUGAAAAGUGUGUUAUAUCUGGCUGAUAUGGCAGUUGACGAUAUAGAUAUACUUAUUGAAGACUCAGGAAACACUCCAGAUACUACCACAGUCGUUACAACAAUACAGACGACGACUAAACCAACUACAACUAUCAAAGUUACUGAUCCACCCACAACCACCAAAAUGCCAACGACAACCAAAACUGUUGAUUUAACUCCAACAAUAAAACCAACGACGAUAAUGGAUACUUCGACUCUUGUAAUAACAACUUUGUGCGACGAUGACGAUGAAUGUGAUGACGAUGACGAUAAUGAAGACGAUGGUUUAGAUGGAGGAGCAAUAGCUGGAAUAGUUAUCGGGGUAUUGCUCGCCACAGUCGGUCUUGUCUUUUUAGCAUUUAUUGUAUACACGAGAAUGACUGCUGCACACCAAACUCUAGCUGAUGGUGGUUCGGGCGUACCAUUAAGUAAGUCAGGCAUUCCUAACGCAGGGUAUGUCGGUGAAUCAGAUUUGUAAUCAAAAUUUUACAUAUUUUGAAUUCGUCUCGCGUUAACAAUGUAAAUAUAUCAUGAGUGUUCAUACGUACACGUUACGGCGCAUUGAAUGUAAAGUAAAAUUGUUAUAUCUUAUAUGAAAUUGCAAUAUUGUUUCAAGAGUUACUUGCAACUAGUUUUAUUGCACUAAGCUAAAGACGGCCAGAGACUUUGUGCAUGAAAACUAAACGUUUUUGAAGUAAAUUUUAUUUUUGAAACCAUAUAUAUUAUGAUAUAAAUGGAAAGGUAUGCAUUUAUUGUAAACUUUGGUAUUACGAUAUUACAACUCUUAUCUGCAUUUCAUGCAAAUAUAAAAGAAAAAGCUUUUUUUUUUGCAUCUGAAUCAGUCGUCACAAAUAUACAUGUUGAUCCUGCAAAAUUUUUAAAAAAGAUUGUGCAAAACUACAUUUUUUUUAAAGUAUAUAUAUUGAUUCUAAUUCAGUAGCCACAGACUAUCAGCCAUCAUUACCUCUAUCCAGAUCAACGUAUCGCACGAGGUACUUCACAUACUUUUUGUUAUAACGUCGCUUUUAAACUCUUUUCACCUUCCGGGCCUUGAAGUAAUUCAGUGAUACAACGUAUAUCAUUGUCAUCUUUUUUGUUUCAUUUUUUCACCAAUCUCCUGAGAUCUUUCUCUGAUAGUUGAUUCUACACAAAGUGUUUUCCCGUGGUUCUAAUGAAUGCAGAUGUUUAUCAUUCCCUCAGUGUUAUUGUAUACUUAACUAUGCAAAUAAAUUGAAU